UUCCGAAUCGAGGAUGGCCAGGUAGGAGAUAAUGCCGUCGGGCAGGUUGCCGCCUGCAGAGAAUAUUUGUCGUUAUCGCCAUGUCAUGUCCGGCAGAGAGAACUUCCAGUGUUGGACCGAAACUCGAUGAAAUCCAAUUGAGAAAUCAUCACUAGGGAAUUGACUUUUAGCGCAGGAUCUGAGUGUGGCACACUUCCAAAUCCCCACACCGUCAAACCCGUGUCUUGCAUCAGCCCCAAGCGAAGCCACCAACCAAAAUGCACCGCCAGCUCCUCGCGCCCGUCCUGGCCCUCGCGGCCUGCGCCCGCGCCGCGCCCUCGCCGGGCCUACCCAUGGUAAUCAACACCUGGGGCGGGCCCUUCACCGCGGCGACAGACGCGGCCUACGACCUCAUCGCCAGGUCCCCCGCGUCGGCGACGGCGGCCCUCGACGCGGUGCAGGCCGGCUGCGGCGCGUGCGAGGCGCGCCAGUGCGACGGCUCCGUCGGCUUCGGCGGCUCGCCCGACGAGUCCUGCGAGACGACGCUGGACGCCAUGAUCAUGGACGGCGCCACCAUGAAGUCGGGCGCGGUCGCGGGCCUCCGCCGCGUGCGCGACGCCGUCUCGGUCGCGCGCGCCGUCCUCGACCGCACCUCGCACUCCCUGCUCGCGGGCGACCUGGCCACCGCCUUUGCGGUCCAGAAUGGGUUCCGCGAGGAAGGGUUGGCCACGGAUGCGUCGCGCGCCCGCUGCGCCGCGUGGCGCGAGGCCGCAUGUCAGCCAAACUACCGCGUCAACGUCGAGCCGGACCCGCGCUCGUCGUGUGGGCCCUACGCGCCGCUGGGGGGUGCGGCCCCGCCGCCCGCGGCCGCCGCGGCGCAGGCCUCGCACGACACCAUCUCCAUGAUCGCCAUCGACGCCGGCGGGGCCAUGGCGGCGGCCACGUCGACCAACGGGGCCAGCUUCAAGGUCCCCGGGCGGGUCGGCGACGGCCCCAUCGUCGGCAGCGGGUCGUAUGUCGACACAGAUGUCGGCGGCUGCGGCGCGACCGGCGACGGGGACAUCAUGAUGCGGUUCCUGCCCUGCUACCAGGCGCUCGAGAACCUGCGGCAGGGCAUGACGCCCAAGCAGGCGGCUGCCGACGCUGUCUGCCGCAUGGUGCGCAAGUACCCGGCGGUGGCGAGCGGCAUCGUGGUCGUCAACAACAGGGGCGAGCACGGCGGCGCCGGCUCCGGCUGGACCUUUACCUACUCGUUCCGCGGCGGCGCCAUGAACGCCACCGAGGUCGUCUCCGUCCCGCCCAUCUCGACCUGCGACCGCAUGGUGCAGCAGUGAGCGGGCGUGCACGUGGGAGGGGGUGCUGUGUCCAGGUAGGCAGAGGCGGGCGGACACGGUGACUCGGGUCUUGUAAUCAUGUAGGCACUACAUCUGCAGAAUCACCCACGACGCCGAUUGCCAGAUGACACGUGCUUUACGAAAAGACAUAGAACGUAUAAACGCCACCCAGUGGAAGCCCCCCUAUAACGAACGCCUUUCGCCCUAACCAAAGUCACACGAUUCCUCUUCCUGACCGUCCCUGUUUCCUGUGUCUCAUUACUCGUCCACAACGCUCAGGUUCCCCUCUCGCCUCUGACGAUUCAUCGGCCCCUGGCUCAUCAUUCUGACAAAGUUCCCCAAAGCCUU